AUGAAGCGUCAAGCAUUGAAAAGGUUACAGCCAUGCAGACACCUAUUUAAUGCUGACUGUUUUGAAAAUGUACCAACCGCAACAAGUUGUCCAAUUUGUCGAAGCGAUGUAACGGUUGCCGAAUCAGUUGAGCGACGUGCCAACAUAAAAUACUCUGCUGAAGACAGGAAGCGAAUUGUGGAGGCAGCCAAUAAAGGCCUUGAUUGGGUGCAGCUGGCGGAGUCUUUAAAUGUAAAAUAUAAAACGGCUUACGUAUGGGUAUCAUCUGGCACUCCUCAAGCACUAAGGCGAGGUGGUACAAAAGAAAGAGCGCUGACGGACAAUGAAGUUGCAGUGAUGGUCCAAUGGAUUGAGGAGGAUGCCACUAUGACACUCACAAAAAUUCGUGAAAAAAUUAAACAAACGUUUAGAAAAGAUGUGUGCAUUUCCAGCGUGGGAAACUAUUUACAAGGACAACUUUUUACGAUGAAGGGGAUUCAUAAGGAACCUCAAUCAAUGAAUUCGCAGCUAAAUAAGGAAAAGCGCCGCGAAUACGUAUGUACGUUGAAUCAAUAUAUUCAGGAAGGCAAGCAGAUUUUAUACAUCGACGAGACAAAUUUUAAUUUAUUUUGUCGGCGUUCACGAGGUCGUGCUAAGGUUGGAAAACGUGCGGUACAAGUUUUACCAGUGGCUAAAGGGCCAAACGUGCACCUUAUUGGGGCCAUUUAUGCGUCUGGUGUAGUCAAAAUGACUACCAGAAGAGGAUCCUUCAAGUCUGAGGACGCAAACGCUUGGCUCCGCUCCGUUUUAGAUAGGUGGUGCGAAAUGGGUAAUCAGCUUGCCGAUGCCAUUAUUGUGUGCGACAACGCGCCAUGCCAUUCAAAGCUACACGAGGUAUGUGCAGAGUCCACUUUAUUGCGGCUUGGACCAUAUUCUCCUAUGCUUAACCCCAUAGAGAUAAUAUGGGGAAAAAUUAAGGCGAAUGUAAAGUCAAAUAUACGGACUCCAGACGUGAUUGGACCGGGUGUUAUUGAGCAAAGGUUGCAGUAUUUAGAGGGCCUAAUAAAAGACGCUGCCGCCGCUGUUAAUUGUGGAGAUUGCGCUAGAUCGGUGCAGCACAGUACGUCGUUCCACGCUGCUGUAAUUUCGCUUGACAAUAUGCCAGUUGGACAGUGAAAACUGUUCGUUGCAUUAGAUCUUUAUUGUAAUAUAAAACUUCAAUAAAAACAUUACUACAACCUAUAUACA